AUGGGAACGAGAUCGCAAGUCAGUAAGGCAACGAAGGAGGAGGUUGUUGGUUCCAGAUCGGAAGAUCUCGCCGGAUGUUUCACCAAAAACGAAACCGGAGGGAUUGGCGUUUUCUCCAACCGCAGGGAAGGAUCUGGACUACGAGAAGCAAGGAGGGAUGAUCGACCUGAUGUGGUAAGACCUGAAUCUCAGUACUAUUAUGGAGGUAUUACUAGAUUGGGAAAAAUAGAUUUUCCUCGCUUCGAUGGUACUAGACUCAAGGAGUGGUUGUUUAAGGCUGAGAAAUUUUUUAGUGUGGAUUUCACUCCUAAUAACAUGAAGGUGAGGACUGCAUCGAUUCAUUUUGAUGGCCAUGCUGUGUCUUGGCAUCAUGAUUUCGUUCAGUCAGGGGUUGGUUUGGAAGUCUUAUAUGACUGGAAUGGUUAUGUGCGAUUGCUGAAGGAAAGGUUUGAGGAAGUAGGAGAUGAUCCUAUGGCGGAACUUAAGCAGUUGCAAGAAACUGAGGGAAUCGUAGAUUAUCAUCAGAAAUUUACUCUGAUCAAAAUCAGAUUGAAUCUUUCGGAGGAGUAUCUGGUGAGUAUUUAUUUGGCAGGGUUGAGGUUGGAUACACAAAUGCACGUGCGAAUGUUCCAGCCGGUGACGGUGAGGCAUUGUUUCUUGUUGGGAAGAUUGUAUGAGAAGGCACACCCCAGGAAAACCUCCAAUACAACUUGGUCUUCUAAGCAAGGUGGUGCAGCGAAAGGUGGAAGUGAAGUAGAAGCUCGAACUGAUCAGCAUGUAGUGAAGACUGCUUUUAAGGCACCAAGUAAUCUAACUAAAAAGUUAUCUCAACAAGAAAUGAGUGAGAGAAGAGCUAAAGGUCUUUGCUACUUCUGUGAUGAGAAGUAUACCCCGGAACAUUAUUUGGUUCAUAAGAAGACUCAAUUGUUUCGGAUGGAUGUGGAAGAAGAGUUCGAAGAUGCAGUGGAAGAGUUAGUAGAGGAGGAUGAGGCCAAUAUGCCAAGGAUUUCAGUCAAUGCUAUAUCAGGUAUUUCGGACUAUGAAACUAUGAGAGUUCGGGGUACUUAUGACAAGAAAAUCCUUUUUAUGUUGGUAGAUUCAGGCUCCACUCAUAAUUUUGUGGAUUCAAAAAUGGCAGCUAAGUUAGGUUGUAAGAUUGAGUCUGCAGGUCUUUCUCGUGUUGCUGUAGCAGAUGGAAGGAAGUUAAGGAUAGAGGGAAGGGUGAAGGACUUUAAAUGGAAAUUACACACUACUCAAUUUCAUUCAGACGUCCUGCUCAUACCUCUACAAGGAGUAGAUAUGGUGUUGGGAUUUCAGUGGUUGUCAACCUUAGGAGUCAUCAGCUGGGAUUUCUUGAAUUUGGAGAUGAGGUUCAAGUAUAACAAACAUCGAGUGAUGCUUAAUGGUAUUAAACAAGGAUCGGUUCGAGACAUAAAAGCACAGAAGUUACAGAAGUUGCAAGGAGAGCAAGCUCAAUUUGCUAUGUUGUGCGUGCAAGAGACAAAAGAAGGAGAGGAGUUUAAUUCUGGUACAUUUAACACGAUGGUAUGUGAUAGUAAGGAAGAGGCAAUUAUGGGGGACAUUGUCGAGAGAUUUCCUGAUGUAUUUGCAGAAGCGUCUGAACUGCCCCCGUUCAGAGAGAACCAUGAUCAUUGCAUUAAACUGUUGGAAGGCUCUAAUCCGGUAAAUCAAAGGCCAUAUCGUUAUGCACUUCAUCAAAAGAAUGAAAUUGACAAGAUCGUUGAAGAGAUGUUGACUGGUGGAACUAUACAAAUCAGCUCUAGCCCAUACGCAUCACUUGUUGUGUUAGUCAAGAAAAAGGAUGGGACUUGGCGUUUGUGUGUGGAUUAUCGAGAGUUGAAUGGUAUGAUUGUGAAGGAUAGAUUCCCAAUUCCUCUCAUUGAAGAUCUUAUGGAUGAGUUGGGUGGUUCUAAGGUGUACUCUAAGAUUGAUCUAAGGGCUGGUUAUCAUCAAGUCAGGAUGACACCUUCUGAUAUACAUAAAACUGCUUUUAAAACUCACAGUGGACAUUAUGAGUAUUUGGUAAUGCCCUUUGGCCUCACAAAUGCCCCUGCUACUUUCCAAAGCUUGAUGAAUGCGGUCUUCAAGGAAUUCCUGAGGAAGUUUGUUCUUGUAUUCUUUGAUGAUAUUCUGAUUUACAGUUCGUCUUUGGAAGAGCAUAAGCAACAUUUGCAGAGAGUUUUUUAA